AUAGAGUGGGGGAGAGGUUCCCUGAGGAAGUAACUAGGGCAAGAUAGAAAGGAUCGCGAUCUAGGGAUGUAAAUCCUCAAGCACGGGUCACAAACAUUCAAACUGAAAUCCGUGGGCGGUAAUUGGUAGACUUAUGCGAAUCUCGGUUAACUCAUCCCGAACUACAUAACCUUCAAGACAGAGGUCCAUAAUGCUACCGCGACUAGCUAGAAACCUGCAACCAUCGAGAGUGCCAUCACUUCAAAGUGUUUUAAGAUGUACAUCAACGGGGACACUAUCGUCUGACAAACAGCCUCAACCUGAGGAAAAGCCAAAGUCCGACGAGUGGAGCACAAUCUACAAACUUCCAGUCAUUCGAUGGCUGGCUGCGCUGAAUAAACUAAAAAUAUACCAAGCCGGUCUCACAGCCGCGGCAAUUCCCGCCACUUACGCAGCAGAAUCGGCUUCGAUGCUGUCGGAUGGCAUGUGCGUAGCGGUCACUUCACUAGGAAUCACUGGAACAAUCACUCUCACCAUCGCAAGCUAUUUCGCACAGAACUUCAUUGGCUUCAUUUACGUGGACAACACUAAAACACGCUUCCGGAUAGCCUACGUGGAUUUCUGGGGCAAAAGGAGAAAUGUUGAGUUACAAAACGAUGAAAUCGAGCCUCCGGAGGAGGACGUCAAGUACGGGUUUGUCUCGACGGUGAAGACGAACGGAAAAGGCUCCUUUAGACUUCUUCGGAGACUAGGACAGGUCACGGACGGAGAGGUCUUUGCAUACUAUUUCGGUGAAUGAAACGAGCUUCCCCUGAUUUGUACACAAUUUAUUCGCUAGUUAACUUAUAAUAAAAUCAAAGUUGAUUGUUUUAA